CCCCCAUUGGGAUUUUGUUUGCAGGUAUCUGGUAAAGUUCCUAGCCAAGUGGCCCAGGACAGUGAGGUGAAUAAGAUGACUCCCAGUAACAUCGCCAUAGUGCUGGGACCCAACCUGCUCUGGUCCAAGACUGAGGGGACUCUGGCAGAGAUGGCUGCUGCCACCUCGGUCCAUGUGGUGGSCAUCAUAGAACCCAUCKUCCAGCACGCUGACUGGUUCUUCCCAGAUGACGUGGACUUUAACGUGUCGGGCAUGUUCGUGGCCAUGACCCCUGAACCUGACCCAGGCCCUUUCGAGAGGCGACGCCCCGGAAGCCUGGUGGACGGGGACACUCCCCGCAAAGACAGGUACCUGUCCUACCCCCGUAGCAGCCCCCGUCCCAGCCCAGGUCUCAGCACCCAUCCCCGGACACUGACCAGGCAGGAGUCCAAGGGGGCCGUCUCAGCCCUCUAUGUAGUGGCUGACGAGUCCAUCACAGUCAGAGAAACGCCCGCUGGGGAGCAGGAACAGCCAAUCCACUGCCUUCUUAAUAAAGUCCAAGCUAUACCCUAGGAGACAGUUUGUGAAUCCAUAAUCCCACUUUGUGAAAGUCCAUUCCAAUGUGUUUGUGUGUGUUUUAACACUACAGUAUUACCGAUAUGUAAGAUGAUUGUAGAAACAAACCAAUAAAAUGUGUGUUUAAACCGAGGCCAGCGGUGAACGUGAUGAAUAAGCACACUUUCUCACAAAGAAUUGUUCUUAAAUUUAACAUARUGUUUCAGGAGAUAUAAGGAUUAACCCUCACUUGUCUUGAAUUGAAUCACACUUUUAUCAAGCUGUGUCACCAUUUUGAAAUGCGAAACAAUGUUUAACACUUUGAACCUCUUAUAUGCCACCUCUAUUAAAGCCUAGGUUUUAGGUUA